GAGGUGACGUUGCUCUCCCGAAUCAUCUUCCCUCGCUCACAUGGAUGUAAAGGUCCGCCUUCGUCACUUGUGUCGUGGGGAUUCCUAAUUUUUGGGAUUAAAAGUGCAGCUGAGUUCGAAGAGGGUGAAAGAGGAAAAAGACAGACGUGUCAUGACGCCGGAAGGGAACACCUGAGCGAGCAAUUUGUCCCGGGAUGCAGAAUCUCUCCGUGAAGAUGUCGUUCUGCACGCUGCUGCUGCUGACGGCGGCGGCGUCCCGUGUGCGCUCGCAAGCCGACUGCACUCAAGGUCAGUCAUGUGACCUGUGCGUUGGGGACUCCAUGCUCAACCUGACCGGCUGCGUCUGGAGGCUUUGUCCUGACGGUAACGACACGGGCAUGUGCGUGACGGACGAGGGCAACGUCGCCGACAGCUCCGGCAACUGCAGCUGGACCCGCGUGUCGGAGCUCUGCACAGCGGUGGAGACGGCGGCCGAAGGAGGCGGCGACUCAGGCCAGGGCGGCAAGGCCCGGCCGCAGCUGUCCCCGGCCAGGUUCAACGUGUCCAGCUUCAUCGGCGGCGUGGUUCUGGUCCUGUGCCUGCAGGCGCUCGGCGUGCUGGCCGUGCGCUUCCUCAAGUCCGGCGAGCAGAGCGCCUACGACCCCAUAGAGCAGCCUCAGUGAGGUCACCGCCACCGAGGACGACCAAAGGAAGAGGGAAGACAAGACGCUGCACUUUUACCAUUCCCCGUUCUAGCAAAUCACUCUUGCGCUACUCUUUG